UCCCAAAUCCUCUCCAAACUUUUAUCCGUCACCCAAACCUUUAUUUUUACAUAAUGUACAGUCAACAACAUGGAAACUCUCCGUCACACCAUCAACAAACCGGAGUACCAAGAACCGAAUACCAUAACGUUGGGCGUGGCGAGUAUCCUCCUCCACUUGAAGGGUACUAUCCUCCGCAUCAUCCUAUAUAUUACGAUUAUCACCACCCCCCACCACAUUAUGCCACAUAUCUCCCAACAACGAUGAAUCCAAGCAUACCAGUAUCACAUUCAGACGAUUAUCAAGACCGUAAUUCAAAAAGGACAAAGUCAAAUAGUGCUGAUACAUCACUUUCCGCAGCGACUUUUGAAGAUAGUGAUAAGAAUAAAAUUCUCUCUCCUACUAAGAAUUCAAUUCCUGUAUCAUCAAAUUCACGGAUAAAAUUCAGGAAAGAUCGUUUCGGUACCUUUGAUGUACCAGCCGGAGGAGAGGAGGAGGACAAAAGAACAUAUAAGUUGAUAGUUUGUCAACAGCCGCUACGUGCUCGUAUGUGCGGGUUCGGCGAAAAAGAUCGACGUCCAAUCGAUCCACCGCCGAUCGUACAAUUGGUUGUGAAUGACGAAAACGGGAAUAUUGAUUCAAGUAUGUUACAGAACCCAUUUUUCGUUCUUCAUGUUACGCUGUGGUCCGAAGAUUGUAAAGAAGAACGCAAUGUGAUUAGUAAUCCACCCAAAACUACGCGCGUACUUAUGGGUUCACUUGUAUCAUCUCCGGCCAUCCUAAAAAAUACGGAUGGAGAAUCGGGUUGUUACUUUUGUUUUCCUGACCUUUCUAUACGUACAGAAGGAAAGUAUACGCUAAAGUUUUCACUGAUGAAAUUAGGAACUGAAGACCGAUUAAUAAGUACUAGGACAGGAAUUAUUUCCACAGCAUUUUCAAACCCGUUUACCGUAUAUUCGGCCAAGAAAUUUCCUGGUAUGACUGAAUCUACAGAGCUUUCGAAAGCUUUUGCAAAGCAAGGCUUAAAGAUCCCCAUUCGGAAUGACGUUCGACCAAGAAAGGUCGCUGAGGAUUGA